GCUGCGGUCCGUGGCCGCGCUCCGGUCUCGCGAGAAGCAGCCGCUGGGGGCGUCAGCGCGGAAGUGUAGGUGACGGUCUGAGACAUCACCGCCAAGCUGGGCACCGGGGAGAUGGCCGAGACGGACCCCAAGACCGUGCAGGACCUGAGCUCGGUGGUGCAGACGCUCCUGCAGCAGAUGCAGGACAAGUUCCAGACCAUGUCGGACCAGAUCAUCGGGAGGAUUGACGAGAUGAGCAACCGCAUCGACGACCUGGAGAAGAACAUCGCGGACCUCAUGACGCAGGCGGGCGUGGAGGAGCUGGAGGCGGAGAACAAGCUGCCCGCCGCGCAGAAGAGCUGAAGCAGGUUGCUGAGUGACGUGGAGACCGGGAGCGCCGUUUUCUCGAGCCCAGAGAACACCUGGCCCUAGUGGCUCGCCGCUGCCGGCCGGCCGGGCUGCUGUUCCGAGGCCCUUCCACGUGCUGUCUAGUUCGUUUAUAGAAUGAAUUGUCCCCUCCAUUCCCCGUGGUGACGUCACAUCUUGGACCUUGGUCGGUUGUGCUAUUAAAUAUUAAACACUAAAAUGUUGGUUGGUUCCUGCAUAGUUGUCAAAAUUCUUAGUGUGUUUUUGUGAAGCCGUUGUUUCCUGCCAUUCUUUUUGUAGUGGUUGCUAUUUGAGAAAGUAACUGAUUUUUUUUUUUUUUUUUUUUUUUUACUUAGACGCCUAGUGAAGCCUUUGGUGAUACUGAGCUUUGUGGAGUGAGACCUUCCUCACGUGCCCUUGCUCUUUGAUUGAAUUCACAUCAGUUAGCAUGUUGGUGAUGCUUUUCAAAUGGUUGAAAUGGUUGAGACAUUGAGUAGUUACUCAACCGUGAUUUUGUCUUAGGCCCUGAAGUUGGCUUUAGAGAGUAAUCACUGCCAUUUCGUGUCGUGGAAUUUUUAAAUACGGGCAUGGCCUGAUCAAAUGGGGCAUUAAUCAGUGUUGCAUGCCGCGGUGUGCGUCUGCAGACUCCGCACUGUUUGUGUACAGUAGUUAGCGUAGAACAUAGGGCAAGAUUCACAACUGAAUUCCCCUGCCUCGAGCUUCCAGUGGGGAAGGGAAGCCAGAAGGGCCGUGGCGUGAGCGCGGGAAGGCUGGGCCAGCUCCGGCAGGGCACGAGCCCAGCACAUGACUUUACUGGUGGCGAGUUCCCUCCCUGCAGAAGGCGGUAGUCAGCGUGUCGUUCCAAAAGGCCCUGCUGAGGAGGAAGAGACGAACGACACGAACGACAAGGAUGAAUCGUCGAGGCUGACCUCCUGCAUACGAAGACGGGGCCGGACUCUAUUCCUUAUUUUUAAUCGUGAAAGGAUGUGAUACUCCGUUUGCAUCAUGGAGACCACAGUGUGUUUUCCCUUUACUAGAACAUUUAUUUAUCUGUAUGUUGAACCCCCCCCCUCCUUGCAUUCUGGAAAUGAAUUCCCUUGGUCGUGGAGGGAAAAAGAAAAUAACGAGCAAAUGACCUGUAGUAAACUCAAGUUUCUGAGACAGUA